UCACAAUACUAAAAAUAUUUAAAAACUAACUAAAUAACGAAAAAUAUAAGAAAAAAGUCCACAUUGCGGCCGAGUUUCUCCCACAUGGUCACCUUUUCUCGUCACCAUUUUCAACUCCCCCGUCCUCUUUCUUUCAUUCUCUUUUCUUUCCUCCAUCUAUAAAAAGCUUCCUACCUUCUCUAUCUUUCCAAGUAAGUUAAUCCUCUUUCUCUCUCCUCUCUCUCUUAUUUCUCUCCCUACUAUUAUUCUCUCCACAUCAAAAUAAAACCAUAAACCAAAGAACGUACAAAAAACCAACUUUCAUCGAUCAAUUUACAUUCAAAAGCAAUCAAAUAUGGACGUAAACAUGAGAUCAUCAACUCAUAGUACUAAGUCCGCUAAUUCUCAAAGUAGUGAAGAUGAAUCGGACCUCCGACGAGGUCCGUGGACCGUCGAAGAAGACCUAAGCCUCAUCAAUUAUAUUGCUACUCACGGUGAAGGUCGUUGGAACUCCCUUGCUCGUUGUGCAGGCCUUAAGCGAACUGGAAAGAGUUGUAGAUUAAGAUGGCUCAAUUAUUUACGUCCUGACGUUCGAAGAGGAAAUAUUACUCUUGAAGAGCAACUCUUGAUCCUUGAACUCCAUUCUCGAUGGGGCAAUAGGUGGUCCAAGAUAGCACAAUAUUUACCCGGAAGAACAGACAACGAGAUUAAGAAUUAUUGGAGAACUCGAGUACAAAAGCAUGCCAAGCAGCUGAAAUGUGACGUGAACAGCAAGCAAUUCAAGGACACUAUGCGUUACCUAUGGAUGCCAAGGCUUGUUGAGAGAAUCCAAGCCGCUAACGGGGUCCAGCCUACCGCCACGGCGUCUACAUCCGGUGGCUCAAGCAUCACCACGGCCACUGGCCGCCCUGCCAUGGGCUACUCCGAAAAUUUUAUCCAUGCACCGGUAAAUUCCAAUUUUACCCCCGAAAACUCGGCUAAUUCCUCGGAAUCCUUUGGCAAUCAAGUUUCAGAUUUUGGUGAUUAUUAUGGGAUUCCAGUUAAUAAUCAGAGUGUUAGUCAAGAUUAUUUCCAAGGUGAACAAGUGGGUUAUGGAGGUGAUUAUUCAUUAACAAGUCCUAAUUGUGCUUAUCUUAACAACCAAGGGAUGAGCUUCCAAAGUGUUGAUAAUGUUAUGGAUCAAAAUAAUCAGCAACAAUGGGAUAAUUUUGGUCUUGGGGAUACAACGGACAAUUUGUGGAAUGUUGACGAUAUUUAUGUCUUACAACAACAAUUUAGCAACAUGUGAGUCAAAUAUUUGCCUCUUAUUUAGAGGCCAUAUAGAGAGUCUCCCAAUUGGAGGAACUCAUAUUUGUGUCAUUAACUAUACACAACAUGUAAUCUUAAUUAGGAUCAUACAUAUAGGAUUUGAGGAAAAACGAUAGAGGGGGAGAGGGGUUUACAAUUGUAUUUGUGAAUUAUGAAAAUUUGUAUUUUUCUUUUGUUUUUCAUCAUUUUUAGAUUGGAGUAAAUUUGUAACGGGGAAUUAUAAGUUUUAAUCUUAAUUCUUUUAAUUGAUCAAA